UAUAUUCAUUUUUCAUUUUAUUUUGAAAAUGAGAUCCUUUACGGCAUACUGUGCUAUACUUUCUAUGGUUGGAAUUGUUAUGAAUUUACUUUUUAUUCUGGUUACUCGAAUACAACGAGUUGAACGAGUUCAAGAAGUUCUCAUUUUUAUGCGCAGUAUUUCCGUUGGAUACAUUUUUGUAGCUUUAGCAUUAAUGGCAGUCGCCCCACAAUCUAUUACCCUAGCUAGCACUAAUAUUCGGAUACCACAUGGACUUUUAGCGUUGAGCAAUGCUGGUUUGACUUCCAACUUUAUGGCAAGUUUAUUUAUUAAUGGACUAGCAGCCUUUGGCGCCGGUUGUUUCCUAUUUACUGCAUUUUGCUUCUGUCUUCUUUUCUUGUACCAUUACCGCAAGACGGCUGGACAAAUGUCAACAGUAUUCGCCCCCAAAAACGUUCCUGUAUUUCUGGGUGUUGCUAUUGUUUUUUGUUUAGUUCAAUCCUUUCUACUUUUUUAUUCAAAAGUUGAUCCAAAUUAUUUACUGGAACGUCUUUCUCGGUCAAAAAAAUGGGAAGAAUUACAAUUAAGUAUGGGCAUAAAUUUAAAUUCGAGUCAAGAAGGGACUAGUCUCAUUCAACAAUCUAAUAAUAAUAAUGGAAAUAAUGGAGGGACAGGAGGAAGUGGAAAUUCAAUUAGCGGAGGCUUCCAAGCCAUUACUGGAGGGAGUAAUUAUAGCGCUCUGGCUGCCGCUAUUGAAUCUAAACAAUUUGAUACUAAAGGAAGUGUUAGUGGAGGGACUGAACAAACUGUUCGUCUAUUCGAAGGAAGUUUUGGAACUGAUUAUUCUCGCAAUCCUUUGUAUUUCCUCGCUAAUGGAGUUUUAAUAAUUACACUUGUUAUUGCUUGGCUUAUAGCAAUUAUAACGGCAACAACAGUAAAGUGCAAACUUAGUGGGCAACAAGAAAAUAUGUCUGAUAAAAGUCAAAUAGAAAUGGCUCAGUUUACAAAUUUGGUAGCAAUUGCUGGUAUAAACUACAUUGUUUGCUUUGUAAUGGGUGAGAGUAACCAGCCAAUCCAAGAAUUCCUCGGGAUGUUAUUAAUUGCCCCAGUCCCGACAAUUUAUGCUUUUGUUUGUCUCGUAUUUAUUACCGAAUUUCGGCAUGCUACUCAGCAAAUAUUGUUGUGCCGAAUUUGGAAUAGAAAGCAAAGACAAGAGAGAGCUGCUGCUGAACGUAAAGCACAAGAAAAUAUUGACGAGGAGUUAGCUAGUGCAUCACGAAAUAAAUUACGAAAUAAGAGAAUGCCAAACAGUGAAAGUGCUCUACCUAAUAGCACUGAACAAACUGGGGGAGGGGAAAAUACAAAAAGUGUUGGUACAACCUCGAAUAAUACAAAAGAAAAAUCUGGGCGUUAUAUCGAUGCGACUGAUGAUACACACCGUGAAGCUCGAGCUUUGUUUGGGAAACAGAAUUAAAUGAAUUUUUAAUUAGAAGAAUAAAAACAAAUAUUUUAAAAAUGGAAUCAGAAAAAAAUAAAUU